CGGUCUGCAGUUGUGGCCUGUCCUUACAGCUCCUCCCCUUUCCUGGCAUUCCGGUCCUGUCUGCUGUCUCUGGUCAUCUCCUGUACUAUGUCCGCAGUCUCUGGUCAUUUCCUGUACUGUGUCCGCAGUCUCUGGUCAUCCCCUGUACUACGUCCGCAGGCUCUGGUCAUCUCUUGUACUGUGUCCGCAGUCUCUGGUCAUCUCCUGUACUGUGUCCGCAGUCUCUGGUCAUCCCCUGUACUGUGUCCGCAGUCUCUGGUCAUCCCCUGUACUGUGUCUGCAGUCUCUGAUCAUCCCCUGGACUGUGUCCGCAGUCUCUGGUCA